CUCACCCUUGCCUAAAGUGACACAUACUUCUUUGAACUUUGUGUGAGGUUUUUGUUGUUUCCUUGUUUAUAUUGUGAGGUUAAGGGGUUCGACUACAGAGAUGGACGAAAUUCACAAACGUUUGAUUAACAGACAUAUAAUCGACUUAAAGCGCACCCACUAUGAACGGCUCAUUCAUGCAAUUGAAAGGUUGGACAAGGAAAAUAAAGUAAUUCCCCCACGUCUUCUUUCCCGAUGGAAGGAACUGAGAAAGAUCGGUUAUACGGAAAGUCAGGCUAACGAGGAACUAUAUUGUGAAAUUCAGAAGAGAGGCCCAAAAGCGUUUCAGCUAUUAGCUGACAGCCUUAACAGUUCAGGUCAAAAUGAUUUGGCUUGCUUACUGGAUCCAACCUUGCGAGUCCCGGAAGCUGAUGAUGAUGAUGAUGAUGAGCAGCCUUUGAAUUAUGAGUAUUAUGAUGAUGAUGGUGUUCAUUUUUUCCAUCUGGAUGAGACCUGGAAUUCCGAUUGUUAUGAAGCAGAUAGGAUAGCUUUGAAAAAUCUCUUUCUGCAAUUAGGGUUUACGUUACUACCAGAUAAUGGGUUUGCUGGAUCAGAAGCUCUCAGGUCUCUGGUUGUUAUAAAUUUUUGCGCCCUUGACAAUGGUGGUGUAGUCCGGGAAAAUGCAUGGCUUGAAAUGUUCAGCAAUCAAUCUGGAUUGUAUGGAAAACCCAAAAUAUUGAUGAGCAUUCGGUACAAGGGCAUGGUUUGUCCAAACUACACAGCCCAAGACUCUGGAACGUCCUACAAAGCACACAAAGAUAUUCUUCAGUUGCAGAUACUGGUGACACCAUCUGAAAGAAAAGAUGGAGACUCAGUCUCUGAGGAGAUGAAACACCUCAUCAACAUUUUUGGCAGAGAAGACUCUCUCCACAUUAAAGACAAAGUGAAACUGCUAAACCAAGCCUUAGAUGAUGCUGGUUUUGAACCCGUAAUUUCACUUGACAGUGAUUUUUCAAAAAGAUUUUGCCUGGACAAAAAACCCUUACUUACAUAAUUACCAUCAGUCUCCAUAAUUUGUACUCUAAUUUUUGCCAGUCUUUGCUCAGUUUUCCAUUUUUUAAAUAUAUUUUUAAGGCAAAGGCUCUCUAUG